UAAAAAUGAUACAUUUAUUCACUAGGCUGAGCGCAGUGAUAUAUCUUGUCUUUAGAUAAUCUAUGUUGUGUUGUAAAUUAUGAAAAUGAUGUUCAUCAAAAUCAAUGAAAUAUAGAUGAAUCAAGUACGUUACAGAAAACAAAUAAUUCAUAGAUACAUAGAAUAUAAUUGUCCAUCUUUCCAAAUCAACCAGAGUAUUCCAUAACUGGUAGUACGUGGUGACAGAAUUUCUGAGCUACAAUGAAUAUGGAGAAUGUUACCAGCUAACUCGAAUGCACAACACAGGAAGAUUAUACAAUAAUGGCUGUUUUGCACAUAAUAUUAUACCAGUUGGCGAAAAGAGAAGAAAUGCCCUGGGCCUCAGGGUAAACCUGUUGUUGGUGUGCUGUGUGAUUUGGAUUUGGAGAAACUCCACGUUACCUUCGAUAAAUGGAGUAAACAGUAUGGGGAUCUAUAUCAGUUUACAUGUGUAGGGAAAAAGUUUCUUGUCGUCAGCUCAUCGGAACUCGCUCGGGAUCUCUUACUGAAAGAGCCUACAGCAACUACGACGGCUGGUCGACCUGCGACGUUUAUUGGUCAAUAUUUUUUUCGGCCUAAUAGUGAUAUUGUUUUUGCUACAUCGCCGGACCAAAAUUGGACAAAAAGGAGGAAGAUGAUGUACCAGACUUUGAAUGCAUAUGGAGAGGGGCUUAUGGACAGAGAAAGACAAAUCACACAAAAUUUGAUUACUAUGAAGAAUGAGAUUCAGUCGGUCAUUGGUCAAACUGUUGAUCCGAGCGAUAUUGUGGAAGAAUUUAUCCUGAGCACCAUUGAAUGUUUGCUGAUUGGAAGAAGUUUUGGUAGACAUGGUCAACUGCAAUCCUUAAUGAACAGAUUCGAUCACGAGAUGAACGAAGUCACAAACCAAGGGCAUGAUAUCGUGUACAAUGCAUUUCCAUUUCUUCGAUUUUUACCGCUCCCACAUUCGAAAAAACUUCAACAUGUGAUAGAAAUGAAAGAUCAGUUGAUUCACAUGUUAGACAGUAUAUCGAGAGAAGAAAUAGGGGACAAAGGCGUAUAUCAAUUUCUGAAGAAAACCACCUUAGAACGAGAUACCUCCGGGCAUCAGUGGUUUACCGACCUCCAUCUUUGGUCCAUGAUCGUGAACCUAAUCGGGGCUGGCCAUCUGACUACAAGAGGAACAUUGCUAUCCAUGAUUCAUAUAUUGGCAAAACGACCGGAUCUUCAGAAGUCACUCCAAACAGAAAUCGACAAUGCGAUCGGUGUUACCAGAAAACCAAAUUUGACAGACAGACAGCACUGCCCAUUGGUGGAAUCUUUUACCAUGGAAACAAUUCGUUAUAUAUCACAUGUUCCAAUCCUUCUCCAUAAGACAACAGAGAUGUCAAACAUCGCCGGUGUUCCUGUCGAUCAAAACACAAGUAUUGUCAUCAAUGCAUGGACUAUACAUCACAGUGAUAAGGAAUGGAACGAUCCUUUCUUAUUUAAGCCUGAGAGAUUUCUACAGCCUGAUGGCAGCUUGAUGACGUCUAUUGAUCCUGUCAGGAAAAGGAUGCUUGCCUUUGGACUCGGAAAACGAAAUUGUCUCGGUGAGGUGUUCGCAAAGUCCAGAAUUUUUCUCUUCGUGGCUACACUUAUGCAGAGUUUCACAAUCUUGGAGCCUGAGGAUUGCGAACUUCCAGAAUUUCGGCCGAAGGAUAUGGAACCGGGACUGCUUCUGCAACCCAAGCCGUACAAAAUUCGCUUUGUUCAGAGGGGAAAAUAGGUUAAAGGGAUUUAUUAGAGUUAUAUAUGACACAAUGCUUUAGAUACCUGUAUUAUAUACAUGUUUUGUUUACCGUAGAAAUGAUGGGAAAAUUGCUGAUAUAAAUAAUAAGCUAAUUUAAAUCUAUUUGAAUCUUUUAACUUACGCAAAUACUCCGAAAUCCUGUACUUCAUCACCGGAAGUUACGACAAAAAAGAAAAGAAUAACUGGGGAAAAACCUUUUGUAUUCUAAUUUGUGUACAAUAUGCAUUUCAAAUGUGUAUAUGAAUAUUUGUUACAUUAUCUAUACAUAUAUAUGUUACCAAUAUUUAUUCAGAUAUAUUACCAAGGAAAAUAGAUUCCAGGAAAAUAAAAAUAUCAACUAACAAAUGUAUAUCCAAAUAUCGAUGUUUCAUACCGAUUGUUAGGCCUUUCUUGAUACACUGUCUUUGACUACGGAUAACUCCUUUUACCUGAUCAAGAUAUACUCGUAGGACUCACGGCAGGUGUGACCGGUCAACAGGGAAUGCUUAGUCCUCCAAGGCACCUCAUCCCACAUUUGGUAUAACCAGUUGUCCGUGUUUGCCUAACUCUAAUUUGUAUUCCUGAUAGGAGUUAUGAGAUUGAUCACUGUUUGUUUUCUUCACCUUCCAUUCAUAAUAUGUCUACAGAUAUUAGUUACAAAAAUGUACACAGAGUACGAGGGCUGUUUGAUAUGUAAUGUAUAUUGUAAAAUAUCUCAAAAGCAUUCGACUCAAAUAGUGAAAUAAACAUUACAUCCCUUCAAAGGAAUCUCCGCAGUUUGAAAUACAUAAUUUCAAUCUCUGAAUCCAUUUCUGAAAUGCGUCACGGUACGCUGAUUUAGGUAGACCUCUGAGGCACUGCAUGAUGGCUGAUCCAAGGGCUUGUCGGGACUUGUAACGACGACCAGAUAAAAACUUUUUGAGUUUUGGAAAAAGGAAAAAGUCUCAUGGGGCUAGAUCUGGAGAGUAUUGUGGGUGUGGCAAGACGGUAACUUUCUCCGACUUCAAAAAAUUGCUUCGCAAGCUCAGAUGUAUGUGUGGAGGAUUAUCAUGGAAUGCUGAACAACUUGUCCCCAAGACAACUCGCCCCCUCUCAGGACAACUCGCCCUCUCUCAGGACAAAUCACUCCUUCUCUUGAGACAACUCGCCCCCAAUAUCAUAUUUAAAUAUAUCUCUUUUUUUUAAAUUCUCUCUCUCUCUCUCUCUCUCUCUCUCUCUGUGUGUGUGUGUGUGUGUGUGUGUGUGUGUGUGUGUGUGUGUGUGUAAUUGUACAAAUAUUUACACUUUUUUCCCUAUAAAGAUACGUCUUUUUAUUUCAUACUUUAACAAGAAUGGUAAAUUCUAAUAGAAUUAUAUGUUUUUCCCUAAAAUAUCUCUAGCAAAUUUAUCGUUAUUUCGGAUUAUUGAUAAUUAUACUACGUGAGUUGUAGAUCAAGCUAAUACUCUCCCUACCAAACGCUAACUUGCUUCCGCUGAAAUUAUAAAUUUUACAUAUACAUAAAAGUGAUGAUGAAUUUACUGGACCCAAACAUUGGAUUUUCACUAAAAAUGUUCGUCUUGCAUAAAAAGAAACGAAGUUCGGUGUUUAUGUGAACAUGUCUUUUUGUCUGUGAUGUAUAUACUAUCUAUAAGAAAUUUAUUAAUUUUUGUUAAUACAUCUUCACUAAAAAUGUUCGUUUUGCAUAAAAAGACACGAAGUUCGGUGUUUAUGUGAACAUGUCUUUUUGUCUGUGAUGUAUAUACUAUCUAUAAAAAAUUUAUUAAUUUUUGCUAAUACAUCUUGGAUUUAGACCAAAAUUUUUCUUACUGGUUCGAAAUAGUGAACCCAUGUUUCGUCACCAGUAGCUUUGUUUGCAAAUUGUCUUUGAUUGAAUUUGGGAAACAUUUUGAGCAAUGCUUAGCGGUUUCUCUUCGUACCCGUUUUUGGUCAUCUGUCAAUAUACGCAGUAUCCAUCGGGCAGAAAUCUUUCGUACUUUCAAAAUACGCUUCAGAAUGAAAUACACCCGCAAUAGUGAUAUGACAACAGCUCUGGCAAUAUCACGAAUCGUGUAUCUGCCAUCACUUUCAAUUAUUUCUCUGACUUUUGAGACAUUUGCCAUGCCUGUUACAGUUACAGAUCAGCCAAAUUUUGCUGCAUCUUUGACGGAUUCGGUCCCAGUCAGAAAUUUCUUUCUCCACCUACGAAUUGUGUCACCUUAUCAGACCAUAAAUUUCCCCAAUUCAGUUAAAAUCUUCAUUACCGAAUGACCGAGUUUUGUGCGAACUUUAUAUAACCUCUAAUUUCUUCAUUAUUAUCAACUCGUUUCCCAACCAUUUUUACAACAGUGGUCAAGGACUGGCUCUAUUGAAAUUACUAUAAGUUUAAAAUAUGUGGAGCUGAAGGCUUGUGUUUAUACUGUUGGAAAGGUAUUGAAUAGAGCUAUUUUAGUAUUAUCAUCCACGAAAUCGUGCAAAGCGUUAUGGCGCUGUGGUACAAUACACAUUACAUAUCGAACAGCCCUCGUAUAUAUCUGUAAAUGCUUCAUGUCGAGCCGCAUUGUCCUAUACAAGUGUAAUGUGUUCUUGAACCAGAUUUUUUUAUUGAUGUAAGGAAUAGUUGUAUGUUCUGUUGACAAAAUGAAUAUAAUAGUAAAUGUUCAAAUCAG